AUGCCAUCUGCACGCCCGGAAGUACCGACAGAAGCAUGGAUCACGUUGGCAACGAACGACACCUAUGCAAUGGGAGCCUUAGUGCUGGGUCAUACGCUGCGACGCGUGAAAACGAAAAGAGCAACUGUUGUGAUGGUUACCCCACAGGUGUCGCCCAACAUGCGAGAUAUUUUGGCUGACGUUUAUCACGAAGUAAAGGAAGUUAAUGUGCUGGACAGCAACGAUCAAAGCAACUUGGCACUAAUUGAAAGGACCGAUCUUGGAGUAACAUUUACCAAACUGCAUUGCUGGCGACUGACUCAGUUUUCUAAGGGAGUCUUCCUUGAUGCGGAUACCAUGGUGAUGCAGAAUUGUGAUGAGCUGUUUGAGCACGAUGAGCUUUCAGCAGCUCCGGACUGUGGUUGGCCCGAUUGUUUCAACUCUGGAGUGUUUGUUUUCAAGCCGAGCGAAGAAACGUACCAGAGUUUGCUGAACUUCGCGCUCACUCACGGCAGCUUUGACGGUGGCGACCAAGGCCUCUUAAAUUCGUACUUCCACGACUGGGCUAGGAAGGACAUCGAGAAACAUCUCCCGUUCGUGUACAACAUGGUUGCUACUGCGACCUACUCCUAUUUGCCUGCAGUCAAACAAUUUGGCAAGGAUGUGAAGAUCGUGCAUUUCUUGGGAGCGACGAAACCCUGGAUGCAUCAAUACGACCCGGUUUCUGGGAAUGUAACCAUCUCUGGACCUGCCCAUGAGCACGUUCACAGCUAUCUGAAGCAGUGGUGGGACUUAUUCAGUUCCGAAUUCCUUCAUCGGAUGUCCGGCGAUUACGUCUCAGGCAGCUUCAUUUGCUAUAAAGCGCCUACUCCUAAUAAAACAGCUACUCCACUGCAA